AUGACUGAGCGUUCCGACCAGGAAUGUUCUACCCGUGAAGUGGACACCAAUGCACUUGGUGAUGAUGAAGCUCACUCCGCUCGCGACGAUACACCAAUAAAGCCCGCGCCAGAGCCUUUAAUUCCAUGUCCACUCUGCGCACUUAGGAAGGGGAUACUGAAGAAAGUGCGCUUUGAUGAAUCAUGCGGGCCCAUAGAAGAAGAAGACCACAACGAAGAUGCGGUGCCUGUUAGUUCGCCAUUGCGCGACCGCCAUAUGGCACAGGACGUGUGUUAUGAAAGUCCGCUCAAGUCGAAAGGCAGUCCAGUCUACCCGUCGGUGAUACCAUCACUUGCACCACCACCACCGCCUCCUCCUCCUCCCCCUCCACCCCCACCGCCUCCAACGGAUGCGCCCCAGCCUCCUACACUCUUCAACAAAGCUAUCGAAGGGGAUGAAUAUCUGAAUGCAGCGGCUGUCAGACUUUACACUAGCUUCAUGAAUGAACUCUCAGAGUUCGUCGCACAGCAAGAUGAUGUAAUCAGAAUGCGACUUGCUGUUCAGGAAAGGCGCAAGGGGUUGCAUAGACUAAGAGAACAUGUUUCGGAAUGCGACAUGAUGCUAAUCAACUGUAUGCGUGAAAGAGUCAAUGGAAGCUUCCCAUCAGACGACCGUACAAUGCUCCAUCUUUUUGAAGCAUCACAGGCAGCAAGGGAUGAGAUCGGGCCUGUCGAAUCAGAAUACGAACCACUUGAGAUCAUACUAGGGUCAAAAGAGCAUCAGCUAGUUGAGAGAUACACCAAAUUAGAGGAAACCUUCGAUCAUUUCUUCCGACUCAAUAUAGCACCGAUGACUAAGCCAAAGGAGCCAUUCGAAAUCGAAUAUGAGGCUUCCUCGGUGGCCUCUGCUGACGACGAAAAUGGUGCUCUUGGAGACACUGAGCACCUGCAUGGAGCUCUGAUCGGGGACAAUGUUGGCAUUGGCCAACUGCCAAAGCAUGCUGCACAGCUCAUACCAGGCGCACAAAAGUCUUGGAUGUCUGGUGGUUUUCAUAGAAGGACAGUGUCUUUAGGAUCCACCGAUAUACCGAGACCUCACAGCAGCGGUUUUGCAGAUGAGCGGAUAUCAUUCAAUUAUUCGACAGGCACACUCAAUUUCAUCGGCAUCUGGAUCACCGAUACGCUGAGUUUGUCCGAUACUGGUGCCAUGAUUCAGGAACGACCUGACGAUGAAUCAACAUUCUCUAUGAGUAACUACAUCGACAUACCUGAUGCACUACCAGAUUUUAUGGAUAACUAUCCCGUCAACCCAGGGCUUGAGGAAGGCAAUCCUCUGCUCUUGCUUGGCGAGAGCAACGAGACUCGUAGCAUUCUUAGCGACUAUCUUGUAAACUUCGAAAGUACACCCGAUAGAGUAAACCGCUGGAUAUUGCACCAGCUUCGGAUUUCACCACGAGAGAUAUACACCCUUCACAGAAGCAUUGCGGAACACAUGGGAAAGCCGUUUCACGAAGCUUCAUCAGUACUCAAAGCAUGGCCGCAUGACAGUCUUGGUCACGACAGUUCGUACAAUCAAGGAUCAGUCGAGUUUGAAGGAAGCUAUCAGAACCCACAAGCUCUUGGGUACCAUGGAGCAUGUCCUCCUGAAUGCCGUGGUACACAUGGCUGGCCAAACAACGAAGCGUGGCUAGUGCAUGAGUCGUCCACUUUCUCUAAUGUAGAGUUUACACCGAGUCUGCAACAUCAGCAUAGAUCGGAGUCUAUCAAGCUGAAGCAACAUGAACUAUCAUCAGGGCUUUAUGACGAAGACUGA